CCUCAGCGAAGUGAUGAGCCGAUGAAAGCGAGCGAAUCGAGCGACCGCACGUAUAACCGAGUGUAGCGAGAGAGCGAGAGACUGUGUUUUGCAAUUGAGGGUAAUAGCAGCGAGCAAGAGAAGGACAAGUGUGUGAAAUCGAGUCAGCCAGCCCAGACAAGACCAGAGCCAGCCAUCUUGGAAAAAGCUGAAAUUCGAUUUUCGAUUCGCUCAUUAUCGAGUUUGUGCGCAAUUUUGUGAUUAUUUCGUCGGUGAAAACGCAACCCGUUGUGAUUUGGAAGUAAAUUUAAGGUUCUAAUUUAAGUUUGCAAUCUGUGCCGUAGUAGUUCUGGAGGAAAGAGAUUCCCGUCUAUCGACAUCGACCCUGUGCUGUGUGUUAAGAGCCCCGUUUCAAAGUCAAAAGAAGAAUAAGAAGAAUCCACCAUCUUUGAAGUUUUGGUUUUGCAGUAAGUGGAAAUAAAAACGAAGCAGUGCCAACCAGUAGAGCCAUCAGUAACAGCAGUUGGUGGAAAAGUGCAAAAUUUAGAAAUUCACUAACGGUGUGCUGAGUUUUGGUAUUUUUUUCGUGUGAAUUUCUUUGUUGCCACUGGCGAUUUUCGCUGCAGUAAGCUAAGUGAGAAACUUGAACCGAUUUUUCUGGCACUGUGAAGUAGUGCGUUGUAAGUGCGCUGGUGAGAAGAAAAAUAAGCAGAAGCAAAGAAAAAUUGUUUUUCAAGUCGAGUGCGUUCGCUGCCGAGUGGCACCUUUUGCUAAACGAGUCCGUUCGAAGAUUGAUGUUGAAACGUUUUGAAACGGCGUAUUUACACAAAGUGGAGCACAGAAUCCGUUCGUACAAUCGAAUCCUGAGAAAAUGAGAAUAGAAGUCAAUUCGGCUGCGGAUUUUCUGAUGAAUUUGCUGCGAGUAAAAAAAGCAAAUCAAUUAUCCGAGAGCCAGCUGCAGCAUUUCAAGGGUUCGCUAGAGCAGAUUUUGACGCGUCAUUUUGCACGCCAUUGGUAUCCUGAUGUUCCUACCAAGGGUUCCGGUUUCCGCUGUUUACGGAUCAACGGCAAAAUGGAUCCGAUUAUCGAGAAGGCCGGGAAUGCGGUGGGUUUGAACUCGGUUGUACUCCGAAAGAUGCUGCCCCUAGAGUUGACCGUCUGGAUCGAUCCGGAUGAGGUGUCGUACAGGAUCGGAGAAAAUGGUACCAUCUGUGUGCUGUACGACCAGCAGCUGAGUCGGGCCAGUCCCUCGUCGGAUCUCGAUUCGACGGGUAGUAGUAGCUGUGAUGAAUUCAUUAUGGAGCGAGUCGGCCGACUGGAUCUGUCGUUGUCGUCCGAUAGUGGCACUAGUGUUAUGGUAGAUUUUAUGGAUGCCAAUCCAUCGAAUUCGCUGGUAACGCAGAGCAAGUCCAACAAGUACAACAAUCAUCAUCAUCAUAAUCAUCAUUAUGUGAAACGUCAUAACAACAGCGUCAGCUCGUCGUCUAGUGGACAGACUAGUCCACCGCUUAGUCCACCAUACAAUGGCCACAACAAUAGCAACAACUUCAACAACAACAGAUAUCAAUAUAAUAACCAACAUAACAACUUCUACUCGCCAUCCGUUCAUCAGCAGCAACCUUAUUUUCCCUGGGACAACCAGUUCGUUAACAACAAAGUUCGUACGCAGUGUUAAGUUAAACUACGAUGUAAUGUUCGCGUUCGCUCUCCCAGAUUCGUGUUGAAAGGGUUAAAUUAACCGACAGAAACUAUUCAUAUCAAACAUCUUAUGGGCGAGCUGCGGGAGAGCGAAUGUGUGAUUCUUCAUGGGCAGCAACACUUCGAGUAGAAGAGCGAGAUCUGCGGAGGGCAGAGUGAUUUCCAUCAACGAGGACAACUUCUGAAUGCGGUUAGAACAUCAACCGAGUCAGGUAAUUCUUCAAUUACCAAAACGAUCGAAACUCUAUUUAUGAUGAGUGUAGUGAGGUAGUAGAUUAAGUCCAAACUUCUAGAAGACAACAGGAAAGCAUUUCAUGAUAAACCACAAUAAAUUUAUAUUGUAACAUCUCCCAUAACUUUGAACGAAGCUCGUUUAGCUAGAGACGUAAGUGUUGCUGACUUUUCAAACCACAUACAAAACUUUAAACUAUGAACUGAAUAACAAUCAUUUGGAAAAAAAUCACAUAAUAACCGGAGAACCAACCCGCACGGAACUGAACAAGGCAAAACGAAUCAAUGGAAAACUGAAACAGGAAUCUAUAUGUAAUAAUUAUGGUGUAGAAAUAUUGCUUCAAAGCUACGAAUCGAGUUUGCUAGCGUCGUCGAGUGGAGGAGGGAUUCUCCCCCACCGUAAAUUACCGCGAAACAAAAACGGAAGGAUUGUGAACCAAAAAUGCGCUUCUACAUCACUGGCUGCUACUGAAACAAUCGUAUGUAGGGAUAAAAGGUCAUCUGCGUUGUAGUGAAGGGAAACCAGAGGAGGAAAACAAUGCCAUCUUUCAUGUGCAUACUGUAGGGUAGAUAGGCGAACGUUAGGCAACGAUCGAACGUUGGGAUAGCAUAGGGAAACUCCCCCACCAAUAUCCUUAAAUAUGUCCAACUUUGCCAAAUGAUGAAUCAAAUGCACAAAAACUGGUCGUGGUUGCUUAUUCGAGUGUACGUAGUAAGAGAAGAUUCAAUUCCCCACUGUCGUUGCUGUUGAACCGAUUGGCAGCUCAUUCAAGUUGAUAAUGAACCCGCAACGUCAGACAACUUGGCUGUGUAGCUGUAACGCGUCUGGGCGAUUGAUAGGAGUAGAUUGGGGUAACGGACGAUGACGAAGAAGAUAAUUGCAUUUAAGUCGGACUGAUCUAUGUUUUUGCAUCUGCUACCCAGCCCAUAAGUUGUUGGCCAUGUAAAUUAGCUUGCUGCUGUCUGCUGCUUCGAAGCUUCACGUCUUUCCGACACGCGUUGCCGUAUUUUGUACUCCUUCCUUUGAUUAUGCAACGGAAAUUGGAACUGCUCGUUUCCCUUCGUUCGUUUUGGGUCCGUUUUUGUCGCCCUUCCUUCAGUCGAAAUUUCCUGUACUACCUACUUACCACCAACUUACUAUUCCGUAAAAAAAACCUUUGAUCACCUGUUGUUCCUGUUUCUUUUUGUGUUGUUGGUUUUCAUUGAAAGUUGCUUUCGAAGUGUGGAAUUCGUGAAGCGGAGAAGCAACAAAGGCGAGCAAGAGACCAGCAGAACACCUUUCGGGCAGCACUGCGACGGGUAUAACAGCAACGAAUGAGUGGUAGGGAAAAAGGUCAACCAUUGAAUGCGAGAAAAGAAAAGGAUCAAAAACCAUAAAUUUUAACAUCUGAAAUGUGUUUCGAAACUCGUCCCUGGGGUGGUACGCUACGAUGCGAUACGGGUCUGUAGCGAGCUCGUCACGACGGUAAUGAUCGUCAAAAAGCAACAAAAGUUGUUGUUCAUCGUCGUAACAAACAAAAAACUAGUUUCUACGAGUUCGCUCUACUGGUAUAGGUGAGUUCGCUUACAUCUCGAACGACCCGUUGUGGUUUUUAUGAUAGUAUUCGUGUUCAUCUUUUUCAUCGCUGCGCUAGCGUUACCAAUCGGGCAAAACAUUCGUAGACGUGAGCAAAAUAAAGAAGACGAAAACGAGCAUUUGUUUUUGUCUGUCUCCUUUAUCUUGCUCUUGCACGGUGGUGGAGUCCGUAUUUUCAUGGAUAUCGUUAGUUUGCUUCUUCUUACUGAUGUUCGGCGGACGUGUCUACUACGCCACCGCAGCUGUUUUUCAUCUUCUUGAACCGUCCAGGUCUCUUCAUUAUUUAUGACGGUAUCGCUACUCCUGCGUGAUUGACUAUUCGUGUGGAGGUGUUUAUUAUUCAUUGCCGAUUGUUGCCAUCAGAGAUCGGUGUACUACUUAUUGCCCAUUUCGUACACCUACACAGAUUUCAAUAGUGGUUUAAUGUCUCCGCGUUGUUACAAUAGGCACUGUAGUGACGCAGAAUACAGCCCCUGCAGUUAACGUAGUAGGCUAGACACGGGGGUUGUGUAAGCUUCGGUUACCAAUGGCAACUCGGCAACAUGGCUUGCUACGGCUCGGUUGAACAUUAGCACCAAUACAGUGGCGCACUGCACAGUAGACGAGACGGGUUGCCUCGAGCGCCUUGAAAUGGCACGGCGCUUGCACGAUACUACGGAGCGGGGGUUAGCUUACGAAAGGAAGUCAUCUGCACACGUUGCUAUGAGUCAUUUCUCGGCGCCUACCGCCUUCGUAGUGGGUGGACCCGUUCGACAGGCUCGAUUUCGAAACACAUUUGCCAAAAAUAGUCUGAUCCUACAACUGGGCAACUUUUUUUUUCGUUCGAUUCGUGAAGUAAGGGAAACUAAGGAAAUAGAUAAUCACUUUUUAAUAGUGAACAAUACAAAGACCCACCGUCCAAUAAGAAAUCCUGUUUAAGGAUGCAAGCUAAACAAACAUCAAGCUAGAGGGAGAAAGAUACGACGAGAAGAACCAAGGAAGGCAACCUAACGUGGAACCAAUUCUAUACAUUAUAUGUAUAUUCCAUAGUUUUUUAAUCGUUGAUUAUCUUCAUUUACAUAAAGUGGUUUAGGUUCAACUUCCUGAGUCUUUUUCGAAAAUUUAACCAACGCCGUAUCGGGAUCACGGGAAUUAGAAUAAGGCUUCCUCAUGGAUAGACUCCAUGCUGUUACGCGAGAGUGUGAGCGAGACCGAAUGAGUGUGGAAGAUCUGGGCUGAACGAGAAGGAACGGUACAAAGUCACAACACUAUUGUCAAUUUUAAUAGCUUUAUCCGCAAUUUAGGUGGACUGGAAAAGAGGAGGCAUUUGCUGUAGUCUUCCGCGUUGUGACGAGCAAAAAGUGCAUGCAAAAAAGAAGAAACGAUAUGAAACGAAACAAAUCAACACACAUCCAACUAACGAACGAUCUCUCUUUGGAGGUAGCGAAGUGCGCAUAGUGGAGCGAACCGAAGUGGGAUAGACGGGCAAAAUAGUACGAGCAUUACGCGGAAACUUGGACGGAGGCUGAACUGCAAAGAUUGCGACUGCCAUGCUUUGAGGCAGCGCGGGGCUAUCGCUUAGAGCUGAGCUGAGCCAUUGAAAGAGCGCUCGACUUGGAGCGGCAGUGAUUAAUUUGAAUGAUAUUGAGCUGUGUAGCUAAACGUGAUUUCCUUGUUGGGAGUUGCGAUUCGCGCAGUGUCGAAACACCACCCAGGGAUGCCAGAUACAUUUUUUAAAAGUCUGUAUCAAUCUCAGCAAAAUGUCUGUAUUUGUCUGUAUGGAGUUUAGAAGGUACAGGAAUUGGAAAAUUAUUAAAAAAAACCAUGCGCUUUUGACAACGGAGAAUACCGAGGUUUCAGUAUUCAAAAAGUCGGUGUAAGAUUCAGUCGAGUCCAAGUACGAGAUACUGAGGUUGCUGUUGAGAUCGAAAUACGUAUUCAUGAAGUUACAUACUGUAAAGUUACAAUCAAGUGAUGAAAUUAAAUUAGAUAAUACUAUCUCGUCUUAGGACAAGUGAAAAUAUUCCACUAAAAGCUCUGAAUAAUGUUCUUAUCAAUAUGUAUGUUGUUACAUUAGCAUAAAUUAAUUAUUUAAGUAAUUUUCUAAAAAUUGGGAAGUUGGGAAGUCCAAAAGAAUUCCGU